UUCUCAUAAGUCACAUGAACUUCAGCAUAAAUCGAGUCUUUGAUGGCACACAUAACAGAGGAUGCGACAAGAUGCUGAGGGCGAAAUAUCUCCUUGGGUUAGGAGGGGGGAGGAAGAGGAAGACUCAUUAAUUGCAGGUGCAGACAGAGAAAGAGUUCGUGAAGCAACAGGCAAUGGAGGUAGAAGACAAGCUCGCGUUGCCCGGCAGCGAUCCGGUGGAGAAGAGGAAGGUUGCUUCGCUGAGAGCCCUCGUUGAAGCCGAAAAUCCUGAUGCCAAGGAGGUGGACAAUAUGGCACUUAGAAGGUUUUUGCGUGCCCGUGAUCUAGAUGUCGAGAAGGCAUCUGCCCAAUUCCUUAAACAUCUCAAAUGGAGAAAGACAAUGAUGCCGAAUGGAUUUAUCUCUGAAUCUGAGAUCAGCAAUGAGCUUGCUCACAAGGAACUAUACAAACAGGGAUUUGAUAAACAAGGGCGCCCUAUAAUAGUUUAUCUUGUUGCAAAUCAUGUCUCCGCCGGAAGACAGAUGGAUGAGUUGAAGCGUUUUGCUGUGUAUGCGCUGGAAAAAGCAUGUGCCAGCAUGCCAAAUGGUCAGGAGAAGUUCAUCAUUAUUUCAGACCUUCAAGGUUGGGGGUACUCGAGUUGCGAUGUCCGUGGAUACCUUUCAGCUAUAGACAUCUUACAGAGCUACUACCCAGAGAGGUUAGGGAAGGCAUUCUUAAUCAAUGUACCUUACAUCUUCAUGAAGGUUUGGAAGGUCAUCUACCAAUUUCUAGAUGCAAAGACCAAGGAAAAGUUUAUCUUUGUGGCCAACAAGGAGAUGAGAGACACACUAUUAGCAGAUAUCGAUGAGAGCCAACUCCCCGAGAAGUACGGCGGAAGGUUGUCGUUGGUGCCAAUUGAAGAAUCCAUAUAAUAACUCAUGAAGCCUAUGCACUGUCUAGUGUUCUUAUGAGUAUACAAAGACCAGAAAAUUCUCAGGAGAUAUUGUAAUUGGAAAGUGUUACUCGUAGACUGUAUAAACUCGUCAUUUAACUAAUCUUUAGUGGAGAUUAGAAGAAAAAAAUGACUCAACUUUAUUAUCCGUGAAUAAUAAUAUCAAAAUUUGGAGAA